AUGACCACCGCGCGCCAACAGCCGCCAUGGCGGCAACCGACGUUGAGUCCCGAAGCUAGUUCCCGCAUACCCCCCCUCAAGGUCUAUAAUUCCUUGACGCGGUCAAAGUCGCUGUUCAUCCCGAUCGAUCCCGAGGGCAAGAAGGUCACUUGGUAUGCGUGCGGGCCCACGGUGUAUGAUGAUGCGCAUUUGGGGCAUGCCAGGAACUAUGUCAGCACGGAUAUCAUUCGCCGUAUUAUGCGCGAUUACUUUAAAUUUGAUGUCAAAUUUGUGAUGAACAUUACCGAUGUCGAUGACAAGAUUAUCCUACGCGCAAGACAACAACAUUUGUUCCGUGAAUUCAUUUCCGCUCAUCCUACUGUUGAUGUGGAAGCUUUGCGUGAAACUAAAAACGCAUAUACUGCUUACAUAAAGAAGAACCUGAAGCUUUUAGAUCCAGAGCUACCUCCUUCCAAAUACCAGGAUGAAGUAGAAAAGGUCUACUCUGUUGUUCUCAACGGGGGUCCCCUUCCGGGCAAUGAGAAAGCAGGUGAUGAUGAGGCUAAAGUUAAAAUGCACAUUAAGACCGUGGCCUCAGCCGCGAAAGUGAUCGCAGAAGCAGAGAGCUCGGAAAAAGCUACAGAAGCCCCAGUCUUUGCCGAAUCGUUUUAUUCUAGCGCGCAGGACGUUCUCCUCCCAUACUUGGACUCACUGAAAGGCUCGGCUAUCGAUGCGGAUAAUCACGCGAUAUUUACCACGUUGACUAAGCGAUACGAGGAGAGAUUCUUGAAGGAUAUGCGGGAUCUUAAUGUUCUUGAUCCCGAUGAAAUAACCAGAGUCACCGAAUUUGGUACAGAGAUUGCUGAGUUCGUGGAGAGGAUUGUUCAGAACAACUUCGCCUACGUCACGGCGGACGGAUCCGUCUACUUUGACAUCCAGGCUUUCGAAGCCGCUGGCUUUCCUUACGCAAGGUUGGAGCCAUGGAGUCGGUCUGACGGGAACCUGCUAGCAGAAGGCGAAGGCGCAUUGACCAGCAAGACAACAGAAAAACGAUCACCAUCUGACUUUGCACUCUGGAAGGCCUCUAAGCCAGGAGAGCCUAGCUGGUCAAGUUCCUGGGGUAAAGGUCGGCCUGGGUGGCAUAUCGAAUGUUCCGCAAUGGCUUCUGCGAGGCUGGGAAAGCAAAUAGACAUUCAUUCCGGCGGUAUUGACCUCGCGUUCCCGCACCAUGACAACGAGCUUGCGCAGAGCGAGGCGUACUGGGCGCACAACCAUUCCCAUGAUCAGUGGGUCAACUAUUUUCUACACAUGGGACAUCUGUCCAUUCAGGGAUCCAAAAUGUCCAAGUCACUGAAGAACUUCACAACUAUUCGUGAAGCGCUUGACAGGAAGGCCUGGACACCAAGAAGCUUGCGCAUUGUUUUCCUGCUGGGCAGCUGGAAGGACGGCAUUGAGAUUACGGAGGACCUUAUUAACACAGGAAGCUACUGGGAAGAUAAAGUAAACAACUUCUUUGUCAAGAUGAAGGACCCAUCAGCACUGCAAGGAUCUGGCACAGAUGUAUCCCUUGCUACUGCUUUGGAAACCGCGAAAGCCGCGGUCCAUGCACAUCUUUGCGACUCUUUUAACACAUGGGGAGCGAUGCAAGCGAUUUCUGAUCUCAUUACUGAAUAUAACAGCGCUGACAAAACGAAUGUCAACCCGAAAGAUGUUGAGGCUGUUGCUAAGUGGGUGACAUCAAUGGUCAAUAUCUUUGGUCUCAAUGGUGAUGCUCCUGCCGAUGCCACGGAAAUUGGGUGGUCAGGAGUUGACAUCCCGGAGGAGGCGAAACCCUAUCUGUAUCCACUUGCUACCAUACGCGACUCUCUCCGUCAGGCGGCUAGGGCAAAGGAGGGAAUUUCGGCUGAGAAAAUUGCGGAAAUCGUCGACCGCGUGUCCGCGCCGGAGGACGUUCCUGAGGCAGCAAAACCCUAUGCAGCUGUGCUAUCGGAUUUCCGAACGAAAGUCACCUCCGUUGAACAGUCAGACCAUAUUAAUAAAGAUAUUCUGACACUUUGCGAUCGGGUCCGUGAUAUCGACCUCUUCGAUCUCGGCAUUUAUCUGGAAGACCGAGACAACCAACCAGCCCUCGUACGCCCCGUCACUAAAGAAUUAGCUCAGGCGCGUGAAGAGAAGGCUGCUAGAGCACGCCAGAAGCAGCUUGAGAGGGAGAAAAAGGAACAGGAAGCUUUGAAGAGGCUCGAAAAAGGAAAGCUAAGCCAUUUAGAGAUGUUCCGGACCAACGAAUUCAGCGCGUGGGACGAGGAGGGCAUUCCCACGCGGGACGCUGCUGGUGAGGAAAUCACCAAGAGCCGGGCCAAGAAGCUCCGUAAGGACUGGGAGAGACAGAAGAAGCUCCAUGAGACAUGGCUCGCCAGCCAGAUUGGAGCGAAGUAG